UGACAACAACUCCCUCCUAGCUCGCCACAACGAGCUGAACGACAGCACGUGCGUCUACACGCCUUGGAGCCAUCGCGAAACCCAUAUAAUACCCCGCGCCCUCCGCUCCCACUUCGUCCGACACCGCGCAGUGUCGACCGUUCCAUCCACCAUGACCGAAAACAACGGCACCCCUCCGGCAGAUCAGCCCGAUGCGCAGCAACCUCCCAGCGAACACCUGAACAUCAAGGUGACGGAUGGAAGCAACGAAGUGUUCUUCAAGAUCAAGAGAUCGACACAGCUCAAGAAGCUCAUGGACGCCUUCUGCGACAGACAGGGCAAGACUCCGCAGAGUGUGCGCUUCCUGUUUGACGGCCAGCGCGUGAACGCAACGGACACUCCAGAGAUUCUCGAUAUGAUUGACGGCGAUGCACUCGAGGUUCACCAGGAACAGAUUGGCGGAUGCUAGUUACCAGCAAAGUCGAUUACAAGCCGAGUCUUUAGUACUUCGACCUACAUAAGCUACUACCGCUAAGGCUAGCCUUCGAUAUAUCGAGGCGUCAAGUGAAGAGGGUCUCGUAGGGCAGCGUAUGUACCUUGGGCAGAGCAGGCUAGAGGAGCAUAUACGACAUUGCGGAGCAGCCCAAGUCACGAGAGAAAAGGCGAGCUGCGAGAGAAAGGGAAAGGGCACUGAAGCAACCGUGAGCUUUCAGACGACGCUCGAACCGGAUCAACAGGCGCGGCGUCCUGGCGUUUUGCGCCUAUGGUAGCCACGGCUUCAUGGCUUUGCUUUGAGCAUACAGGGUUAGCUCGAUGGGCCGAAUUUCAUCAUCACGUUUCAGACCACUUCGAUUGCCCCCUCGCGUCUGUCGCCCUCACGUUUUGUUGUGUGCCGUCAUGUGAGAACUGAUUGCUGAGAAGCAGAAUUUGAUAUUCAUGGGUAUCAGAAUGAUGUGUUGUAGAAAGCUCCCUCGAGUCUUCCUCUUCCUCUCCCUCUUCCUCUU